AUGCCGGCAUUUUGGUUCCUGGAUACCCUCGCGCUUCAAACGCUGCGAUACAAAAACGACCUCGACGAGUAUUCUGUCGGUGUUCUCAUCAGUUGGCUGUCCGGCGAAAUGAUACUCCUUCGAGACAGGAGGUAUACUCGCGAAGAAUUUUUCAGAGAGAUGAAGAUCAUUUUCACCGCGGCGUGCGAAAAGAUACGUGAGAAGAAAAGGUUAUUGCAUUGGGAAGAAACGAUGUCGGAAUUUCACGACGCAGAGGAAGAAGCGGAGGAUCAGCUGUCGUCGGGGGAUCGAUCGAUGAAAAGUUUACAGGAACCCUCCUCUCGAGAAAGCGUCGAAACUUCAAGUAGCAUUGACCCAUAUCUCGUCUUAGAUAUCGUGAUUGAUUCUACCUACAAUAUGUACGGGAACGAGUUACGCUACGACCUUAUUCGCGCAGUUUUCGUACAGCCGAUUCAAGUGGAAACUCGCGAUUCGCCGUUCACUCUGCGGACACCGCGUUCGGUGAAACUUGCCGGGCCCGGAGAGAUGCCCUUCGACGCGCGAUUGCAGAGAAGUCUGAGGAAGAUCGAGGCGAUGGAAAAGUCGAAAAAGCCUGAGAAAAGUGCUAAAGGGAGGAAAAGUUUACAAGUACCAGCAACACCUCCACCUUCGCUAGACGACGAACUAACGUUAACGCAGAAGCGUCGAUUCAUCCUGCCGCUGGUGGAAGCGAACGAGGCAUCGGAUCUUCUAGAAAAAUCAAACGACUGA